AUGCUGGAGCUGGAGCAUCUGCCAGCCGUGAGGAAGGGGCGACGCGGGGCCGUACAAUCCUCCCUGCGGAAGCCGAGGGGACCAUCGGGGAGCAGGAGGAAGAUCAGCCACGCACGGGUGAAGGCGGCAGGCCAGCUGAAGCUUUCCAUCGAGGUGCAGGGACGGAUCCUCGUGCUACGCAGUGAGUAUCUCGCUGGGCCGUACGUCAUGGAAGCAAAAGGUCUGAUGGGAAAGGAGUACCGGACAUGCGACUCCUACGUGAAGAUGUCGAUCGUGCCAGAUGCUGACUGGAAAUGCAGGCAAAAGACGAAGACUGUGCCAGACAGCAAAAAUCCUGUCUUCCACGAGUGCUUUUUUUUCCCAGUGCAGGAGGAACAUGAGCAGAAACGUCUCCUGGUCACAGUCUGGAACCGAGAGAGAAAUUCCAGACAGAGUGAACUGAUCGGCUGCAUGAGCUUUGGCGUGAAGUCCCUCCUGACCCUGGACAAGGAGGUCAGUGGCUGGUACUAUCUCCUCGGAGAGGACCUGGGCAGGACCAAGCACCUGAAGGUGGCCAUGCGGCGGCUGAAGCAGAGCAGAGAGCCAAUGCUGAAAAGUCAGGGUGCGGUGCAGGAAAGCCAGGAUGCUGCCACCAUGCAGCAGCUGAAG